AUGUCCUUUCCUCAGCUGGGAUACCAGUAUAUUCGGCCCAUAUACCCGCCGGAGCGCCAAGGACUUCCCAGCAACGCCAGGAGCGGGACAGAGCUCAGUCCGUCUGGAGCGCUCUCUAACGUGCUGUCCAGCAUGUACGGAUCUCCCUUUGCUGCCGCGGCGCAGGGCUAUGGAGCCUUCCUCCCUUACUCCAGCGAUAUAUCUCUUUUCAACCAACUGGGUGCUCAGUAUGAGCUGAAGGAUAGCCCAGGUGUACAGCACCCAGGCUUUGCCCACCACCACCCUGCCUUCUACCCCUAUGGCCAAUACCAGUUUGGGGAUCCCUCCAGACCCAAGAACGCGACGAGGGAGAGCACCAGCACCCUGAAGGCCUGGCUCAGCGAACACAGAAAGAACCCGUACCCCACUAAAGGAGAAAAAAUCAUGCUCGCCAUCAUCACCAAGAUGACCCUCACACAAGUGUCCACCUGGUUCGCCAACGCCAGGAGGAGACUCAAGAAGGAAAACAAGAUGACGUGGGCCCCCAGGAACCGCACUGACGAAGACGGCAAUGUUUACUCGAGUGACCAUGAAGGGGAGGAGGGCGACAAGAGAGAAGAUGAAGAGGAGAUUGACUUGGAGAACAUUGACACAGAGAACAUCGAAAAUAAGGACGAUUUGGAUGACCAGGACGACCUGCACUCUGAACUCAAACUGGACGCGAGAAGUGACUCUGAGGUUUCGGAUGGCUAUGAGGAUUUACAAGGGCCUGAGCAGAGGUUUCUAAAAGCUAUGGGCAAAGACAAUAAAGUCGUGGACCGAGAGCACUUCCACAGUCUCCACCACCACCACCACCACCACCACCCACUUGACAUUAAAGCGGCCCAAUCCAACGGGGAGCCGUUAAAACUCAACGCGGUGUCUGCGGGCUCCCCUCCCUCAGAGAAUAACGCAGCCCCAGCUGCUCAGAAACCAAAGAUUUGGUCUUUGGCAGAGACAGCCACGGCUCCUGACAAUCCACGCAAAUCCCCACCACAAAUAAAUGGAGCUAACUCCGCAGGGCCCGCGGCGCAGACCAUAAUCGCCCCUCACAGACUCAUUUCUUCUUGUCCCGUUGGGAAAAUUCAGAACUGGACAAACCGAGCGUUCUCUGCGCAUCAGCUGGCUUUACUGAACUCUAACCACUAUCUGGGACUGGCAAACCAGGCCACAGCCACAGGCCUGGCCCUGUACAGCAGCAGGCAAACGGAGGACAAGAGCCAUAGUCCAGAGACUCCAGUCACAGGGCUGCGGAAACGCGUAUGUUGUGAGCGCAAAGUUGGAGCGUGUGUCCGCCUGCUCCCUCACGGGGCUGGGACCGGAGCAGCCCCUGUAGCCCCUGCAGCCGCGGGAACUCUCCGCUGCUCUCCUCACUGUGUUGCCUUCCUGUCUAAUCAAUUAUCCGCCUUCAGAGCCUCAUCUAACUGCGUCAUGCAUAUUAAUAAGCGCAAUCAGCCAGCUGCUUGA